AUGCGGAUCCUGUACCUGCUGGGCGUGCUGCUCCUCUUGUUCCUGAUGCCCGUUCCAGGUCACAGCGGGAUCAUCAGCGCAGUACAGAGGUACUAUUGCAGAAUACGGGGCGGCCGGUGCGCCAUGCUGGGCUGCCUCCCCAAGGAGGAGCAGAUAGGCCGCUGCUCUCUCCGGGGUCGGAAAUGCUGCCGCAAAAAGAAAUAG